AUGACAUCGCAAAUACCUGCCGCUACCCGCGCCGCUCCCAGUAUCCGUCCUCAGGGUGUCCCUCUUGGAGAGGUUUCUCGGCCAACACACGAGCAGGACGCUUGGUUAUGUCGCGUGUUCACUCGUGCUCUUCUCCAUUGUUUUUGGAGUUCCUCGAAUUCUGCGUUCCAGCGUACUCUUCGAGAUCGUAUCAAAAGCAAGAAUCGAUUUCGGGAAAAGUGUGAAGCUCUGGGACAAUGCCUUAUGCGCAUAGGCGGCGCAGCCGCCGCAGCCACAUUGAAACCGCUGCAGCAUCCAGCCUUCAUGGCUGCUGUCGUCGACGUCGGCAGCCACGAGUUUUUCCGGAGAUUUAUGUUUGAAAGCGGCAAUGCUGACUCUCUGCCUCACGACCUAGAUGAGGACCUGAGUUUUACGAGCUCUGCCGCUCAGCCGAAAUAUGGAGCGCGCCGUUUGUUCGCAGUGCCGUAUGUAACUCUCCGUGAUUCAAGCAGAGGCGAUGCCGUCGUUCACCUUCGUCUUGACAACGUGGAAAAAGAGCGUCCAGAAGCGGAUACUGAUUGUGGAACAUGUAUCGUGCAAUCCUGUGAUGCGGAGGACCGGGUCCACCAACGAAGUCGGGAAAAUGAGGAUAUCCCGUUUUCAGAUCUGACUCUGGGUCAGCUGCAGGAGCUGGUCGGUCAUGGCCAACUGUAUCUGUCAGUGGUUGAACAGCAGCUGCGGAAUUUCUGGACCUUCGCGCCUCAUAUCAAACUGCUAUUACAGCAGCAUGCACAGAGCUCUCAACAAAUUUCAGGCACGGAUAAGCCAGCAGCCGUUUCGAACGAAACAGCACAGACCGGGAUGGCCGAGGAGAGGGGGGUGAAAGCAGAAGUAUCCGGCAGUGGCGGCUUGUCUGAUGUUCUUCGGUGCCUACACUGCGUCAACGACACGGGGCUAACACCUGAAGCAGUUUUAGGCCUUCGCCGCUCGCACCAACAAACGGAAAGAGCGGAUGACCACGAUGCUUGUCCAGGAGUCGCAUGCGGCGCCUCAGGAGGCCUGCAAACAUGUGAUCAACACAAAGGGCCUGGAGGUGCUGAUGGUGAAAUGACCGUUAUUUCCGGUAACGGGCGUAGCCUCAUCCCACAGAAUCUGUCGACAAAUGAAAAUCUCCCUUGUUUUUCUGUUCGGCACGUGCAGCCGCACUCGACCGGACACAACGAGAUUGGCCAUCCGUCCGGUUUUCCUCGUCGCCCGCGGGAAUCUGUUUCCCAGCCGGACGUUCCACCGAUGUCUUCUAGUCCGGAGAGCUGGAGACAUCGACCCGUUGUAUCCCUGGCGGAGCUUGGAGAUUUGUCUGCGCUAGAGCGGGAACCUGGGGGUCGAACGACGCAAAAAGACACACAGUGGCGUAGGAAGGCACCGGCGUCAGGGGAGCUUGAAGCCGGGGGCAACAUCGGAGGCGUAAUGGUGAGAACAACGACUGAACCUUCAGUGCUGUCUGUCGACUCAAGCUCGGACGCUGCCGAAAAGCCGGGAAACAAGGUAUCCCGAGUAACAGAUGGGAAUGGGCCAAAUACAGAUGAGGCGGCGACCGAGGCGAGUCGUGAUGAGCGGGCAGUUAUCGCAGGAGGCAAGGAAUUGGAGGAAAUAUGUGAUGCAGUUUACUUAGAGUCAUUGAGGCUGCAGGAACUGGUUGCAUUCUAUGAAGAUUUUGCAGCAGAAUGUUUACAGCGCCAGGGUUUGGAGUAUGGAGCUGCUCGUUCCGGAAAUAACGAAUGUGACCGGUCGAAAGGGCUUGGGAGGUCGACGGAUUAUACAUAA